GGUUUUGGCCGGAAAUUGACCCGCGUUUCUCGAAAUACGCUCACCACCCUGUUGCUGCCCACUUCCUAAAUUCUUACAUACAUCACGCAUACACAAUAAAAACGAAAAACAGAUCUCCAACUCCCUCUUCCUUCUCUAAACCCCAGGGGGGGAAAUCACUGAAAGGGUUUCCAUAUAUAUCGAAACAACCAGAGCUUCUUCUUCCUGUUUUACAAUAAUAAUUUUAUCAUGUCCAUGUCAGAAGCAUGCGUGAUUCUUUUUGCGAUCAUGCUUUUGCUAAUCAGCUCUAAAGAAGCGGCGUCGUUUCAGUCGGGAUCCCGUUCGAUCCUCCGAGCUGUAGGCGGCGAAAACAAAGCGGUGGUUGAUUACGCUGUCGAUUUGAAUAGCACGAAUUUCGAUUCUGUUCUUCGUGACACCCCGGCCACUCACGCCAUCGUUGAGUUCUUCGCCAACUGGUGCCCUGCUUGCAGAAAUUAUAAGCCCCAUUACGAGAAGGUUGCAAGGCUUUUUAAUGGGCCUGAUGCAGUGCAUCCUGGCAUUGUAUUGAUGACAAGGGUGGAUUGUGCUUUGAAGAUAAACAAUAAACUCUGUGAUAAAUUUUCUGUGAGUCAUUAUCCUAUGUUAUUUUGGGGUCCACCUUCUAAAUUUGCAUCUCACGGCGUGGAACCUAAAGAAGAGAAGAGUGAAAUACGCAUGAUUGAUGAUGGACGGACAGCUGAACGUUUGGUUAGUUGGAUCAAUAAGCAUUUGGGCAGCUCAUAUGGCUUGGACGAUGAGAAAUUUGAAAAUGAGCAUCUUCAUUCAAACACAUCAGACCCUGGACAGAUUGCACGUGCUGUGUAUGAUGUUGAGGAGGCUACAGCCUUUGCCAUUGAAAUCAUACUCGAACACAAGAUGAUCAAACAACACACUCGGGUUUCACUCAUUAAAUUUCUUCAACUUUUAGCGGUUCAUCAUCCUUCAAAGAGGUGCCGGAAGGGAAGUGCAGAAGUGCUUGUGAACUUUGAUGAUUUGUGCCCACCAGAUAUGUGGUCACCUGACAAACAAGAAGUAGUCAGUAAUGGCAAGGGCAUGCUAGGGAAUUUCCAGAUUUGUGGGAAAGAAGUUCCUCGAGGAUAUUGGAUGUUUUGCCGUGGCAGCAAGAAUGAUACCAGGGGCUUCAGCUGUGGUUUCUGGGUUCUACUGCAUUCACUCUCUGUGAGGAUUGAGGAUGGAGAGAGCCAGUUUGCAUUCAGAGCUGUAUGUGAUUUUAUCCACAACUUCUUUAUUUGCGAGGAUUGUCGUCAACAUUUUUAUCAAAUGUGUUCAAGUGUCACCGUCCCUUUCAACACAUCCCGUGACUUUGCCCUUUGGUUGUGGAGUACCCAUAAUAAAGUCAACAAGAGAUUAAUGAAAAAAGAAGCUUCUCUAGGAACCGGUGACCCCAAGUUCCCAAAGGUUAUUUGGCCUCCAAAACAGCUCUGCUCUUUAUGUUACCUCUCUCAUAACCGGAGAGAAAAUGGAACCAGCCAAAUAGAUUGGGACAUGAAUGAAGUAUACAAGUUCUUGACUGGUUAUUAUGGCAAAACACUUACAUCUUUGUACAAGGAGAAGGGUCAUCUUGGGGAUGAAGUGACUGAUGGGGCUAUUGUAGAUCUGGUGGCCUCAACAAAUGCAGUUGUGGUUCCUGUGGGGGCUGCGUUGGCAAUCGCACUUGCUAGCUGUGCAUUUGGAGCACUUGCUUGCUGCUGGCGUUCACAGCAAAAAACCCGGAAGCCAAGGAGAAGCUGGAACUAAGAUAGUUAAAGGGACAAAACUAUACACGGUCAUUAAGGUGCCCAGUCGGGUUCAAUCAGGCUCUGAAUAGGAAUCCAGAUUACAAUCUCACUGACCUGCUUUGAGGUCCUACUCUGUACCAUAUUUUGAAAAUUUCCCUCUGAGCACGCUUUUGGAUUGUACAGAUUAAUAUUAUAAUUUCAGUCUUACAAGCGAUCAUUAUCUC